ACCCAAUACCUGGACUGGGGUGUUUUGUUUUGACUACUGAACGCAGAGCUUCUUUUCUGCAGGUGCUGUGUAGCGCAGCCCACGGCGUGACAAGCGCUGUACCUCUCCCCCGCUCCGGGCUGGAGGAAACGGAGCCGGGGAGCGUCCUGCCCCAAAGCUCCCGGCGUGCGGGAACCGGGGCGCAAACACACGCGCCGUUGCGGGGCUCGGUCUCAGCCCCUAACCUUGAUCACGUGACUGACAGUAUCACCACGGGACGGGGCACCCGAAGCUUUAAAGUAGGGGACAGGGGCGCGAGCAUCUUCAACCUUCCAGAAGGACAACGACCACAAGCCCCUCAAAUUCGCGGCGCCGCCCCUCGGGGCCGCGCGAGGCCACCACCGGGAGGAACGUGUCCCAGAGAGGCCGAGAGGGGGGCUGCGACCCUCGGGGCCGCGCGAGGUUUCCUCCGGCCGCGCGAAGCCACCACCGAGAGGAGCGUCUCCCAGAGAGGCCGGAAGCCGGCGGCUUCCGCCCUCGGUGGCUACGCCGCUUCCGGCCGGAUGGCGUGGUGGCGGUGAGGCCGGUGCGCUCCCCGAGGGCCGGCCCGGCGGCCCCGGCUCAUGUCCGCAGCGCCCGGGCCUCACGUCUCUCCGGCUGCUGCCGAGGUUUAGGAACGGAGUUCCGAGAUGAAGGCGGCGGCGCCGGGAAGACGCCGGUUUGGGAGCAGCAGGUGCGCCGCCCCGGCAGGCCCGGGAGGGAGCGAGGACGCCCUCUGCCGGUGUCGCCUCCCCUCUGGCGCCGGCUGUGCGAGGCUGCGGCUCCCGGGGCGGCCCUGGAGCGUGUCCCCACGGGCACUCAGACCCGCACUCGGUGUGGUCGUUUUCUGGUCGUGACCUGAAGUCUCGCCCGCGCAUUUGCUUGAACUGGAAGAGCCCAGCGUGCUCGGUUUGCUAUUUUCAUUUCAGUCCGUCUGGCGUCAAGCUUCACGUUCUCUCCGCAUUACAGGUUUGACGUCAGAAUUCACCGGCAUCGCCCGUAUGCCUUCGGAAUUCGUAUUUCCGUGCUUCACUCGGUGGGUUUCCAGAUGAUGGGUGAGCUUUAACCCCAGUAAAGCCUUCAGCAGCCUUUCGCAUUUGUGUACGUUAAUGACUCGUCUUGCCUCAGGAGUAGCCCGAAAAACACCCCCAAAGCCAGUCUCCCACAUACUCCGGCCUGUGCCGUAAUACGUGUUGCCUCGGUGACAGCCCGUAGUGGCUGCAGCCUUGGCUCCCGACCCUGAAAGAGCAGGACCGCGCUUGGAGCCAAGAAUGUGUGCGGUGCCGGAAGAACCCCCAACAACCAGGACGUAGCCACUGCUGCUCCUGACUUUGGGCGUUUCUGUUACCUGGGGACGCCUGCACCCUGGGAGGCCUCCGCCCCAACUCUAGGACCUCUGGCGGCAGUGGCGGAUGUCCCGCCGAGGAGCAGAUCCUGACCAUCAUGCCUGCGGAGCUCCAGGCCCGGGUGUUAGAGCAUCAGCCAGAGAGCAGGGAGGAGGCGGCGAUCCCGUGGGGGCUUUGCAGAGAGAGCUCCACGAAACAGGUUGUAGCCAGGACAGGUGGAAUAGGAGUGUGUUCAGAAUUUCCUCACCAGGCAGCACAGAAGCCACCAGCUAUUCUAGGCCAAGAAACAUGUAGACUUCCAGGCCAUUCAUGAACAAGGAGUGUGUCCUGAAAGGUAACACACUUGUUGCCCACCCCCCGACCAUCGGAGCUGGAAUGGCUGGAGUACUCCUUCCACGGCCUCCUGAGGAGUCAGAGGGACUCUUCGGAGUAAACAACAAAAAAUGGCCUGCCAAGGUUCAGACGACUGGCCCACAGUGGAGCAGCCCAAACCACCAGGAGGUAUUCCGCCAGCGCUUCCGACAGUUCUGCUACAAGGAGACCCCUGGGCCCCGUGAGGCCUUGAGCCAGCUCUGGGUGUUCUGCUGUGAGUGGUUAAGGCCUGAGAUACGCACCAAGGAGCAGAUGUUGGACUUGGUGGUGCUGGAGCAGUUCCUGACCAUCCUGCCCGAGGAGCUCCAGACCUGGGUGCGGGAGCAUCACCCGGAGAGCGGGGAGCAGGCCGUGGCCGUGCUGGAGGAUCUGGAGAAGGAACUGGAUGAACCAGGCCAGCAGGUUUCAACCCAGACCUGUGCACAGGAAGUGCUUUCUGAGACAUCGGUGCCUCUGGAUCCAGCUAAGGAAGCAACAUAUCUCCAGCCUCAACCCACGGAGAUCCAGCUUAAGGGUGAAUCUCAGGACCCUCAACACCAACAGGACUGUGAUGACGUAAUCGGAAUUGAGAAAGGAGAAUCGAUUCAAAAGCAGGAGCUUACCAUAGAUACAGAGUCUCCAAAGAAGUCACCCGGUCAAAUCAAUGGAAAAGUCCCUCAUUGUGAAGAAACCCAAGAACAUGAAAGACAGACAAAGAGAUAUCAGAGAAAUUCUUCAACCGAGAGAAGAUAUAAGUGUGACGAGUGUGGGAGAAGAUUCACUCAAAACUCAAGCCUCAUUAGACAUAAGAGAAUCCACACUGGAGACAGACCCUAUUCAUGUAACGUGUGCGGCAAAACCUUCAUCCAGAGUUCCCAACUUAUUGACCAUCAGAGAAUACAUAACCGAUUAAAACCGUAUCAGUGUGAUGAGUGUGGAAAAGCCUUUUAUUACAGUUCACACCUUGUUCAGCAUCAAAGGACCCACACUGGAGAAAAACCUUUCCAGUGCGGUGAGUGUGGGAAAGCCUUUCACUACAGCUCCGGCCUCGUUCGGCACCAGAGGACCCACACGGGAGAGAAGCCCUACCAGUGUCACGUCUGUGGAAAGGCUUUCUGUCUGAGCUCGCACCUGAUUCAGCACCAGCGCGUGCACACUGGGGAGAAGCCGUACCAGUGCAGCGAGUGUGGGAAAAGCUUCAGCCAGAGCUCAGGCCUCUUCCAUCACCACAGGAUCCACAGUGGGGAGAAGCCCUAUGAAUGUGAUGAGUGUGGAAAGGCCUUCAGUCACAGCUCAGCCCUGGUUGGGCACCAGCGAAUCCACAGUGGAGAGAGGCCCUAUGAGUGUGACGUGUGCGGGAAGGCGUUCAGUUAUAGCUCCCAUCUUCUGGGACAUCGAAGGAUCCACACUGGGGAGAAGCCCUAUGAGUGUGACGUGUGCGGGAAAGCUUUCCGGCGGAGCUCGCACCUCCUGGUACAUCAGCGAAUCCACAUUGUAGAGAAGCCCUGGCGCUACACGUGCGAGGACUGCGGGAAGAGUUUCAGUCACAGCUCAGACCUCAGCAAACACAGGAGGACUCACACUGGAGAGAAACCCUACAAGUGCGACGAAUGUGGGAAGGCCUUCAUUCAGCGCUCCCAUCUCCUCGGACAUCACAGAGUACACACUGGAGUGAAACCUUAUAAAUGUGAAGAAUGCGGGAAAGAUUUUAGUGGGCGCACGGGUCUUAUUCAGCACCAGAGAAUCCACACGGGUGAAAAACCCUAUGAAUGUGAGGAGUGCGGGAGGCCCUUCCGCGUGAGUUCGGCCCUUAUCAGACAUCAGAGAAUUCAUACGGCAAAUAAGCUCUACUAAGAUGGUGAAGGAACCGUUCUUAGCUCCUCAGGCCUCAUUAGUUCCCAGAGAAUCCGCCUUAGACACUGAGGAACCUGAACGCAGGCAAAGCUUCAGUCGUCAUUAAACAUUUCUCCGGCACCGGAGAA